AUCCAAUCCGGCCAGAUUUCGCUCACUCCCGCCGCCCCAUCAUCCGCCGACGACCCAAAGCUCGUCUGCGCUCGGUCCGACCCUUGGAAAGAUUCGCCGAGCCAACCAUGUCCCGCAUACUCCGCAGAUUGCUGUCCCAUUCGAGCACCGGCACCAGCACUCCCAGGGCGAUAGAGCAACUGACCAGCCGAGUCACCCUCAUCCGGGCGCUGCCCUCGGGGCCAUUCAGCAAAGAAGACAGCAACACCUAUCUCGUUGGAGAGGGGGCCCAACGCAUCCUCAUCGAUACUGGCACCGGCCACCCCAGCUAUCUCCCGACACUUGCUGGAUAUCUCAAAGAGAAGGAUGCCUCCCUGUCGCAUAUUCUCCUGACGCACGCCCAUGGCAACCAUACGCAUGGCCUGGUUGCAAUCUGGAGAACCUUCGGCACCGCGCUGCCCGUCUACAAGCUCAAGUCGUCCCAGGACGAUAUCAAAUUGUCGGGCAACAACAAGACCAAGGCGGAGCCAAAACCAAGCUUCCUCAAGGACGGCCAAACGAUCCGCUCUCUCGACGGAAGCUCGUCCCUCAAAGUCCUCCACACUCCAGGCCAUUCCCAAGACUCAGUCUGCUUCCAUUUGCUGGAGGAGGACUCGAUGUUCACCGGCGAUGCCGUCUCGUCCGCUCCGCAUGGGCCGACUCGACCGACGCAUGCCGUCUUCGAGGAUCUGGAUGCGUAUCGACGGUCGCUCCAGAAGAUCACCCGUCAGUUCCCCAAGAUCCUUUACCCCGGACACGGCGCUCUGGUGGCCAAUCCGACAGCAUAUCUAGAGUCUGCUCGCGAAUGCCAGAAUGUCCUUGCGCUUGCGAUCCACAACAUCCUCGGACAGAGUGGCAAACCCAUGUCCGCAGAAGCCAUCGCCGUUGAAAUCGAUCAGGCUCAGCAGCUCCGCUUGAGCGACAUCGAGCUGCCUGUGUUGAUAGGCACAGUCAAGCACCACCUUCUUGAGAUGGAGGCGCAGACAUUCAUCCGGCGCUCGCAUGGACUGGAGUCCGAGUCCUCCCGCGCUGGCACCACGAAUGGCUCAGGAGUCGAUCCAUCCAAACUCAAGGGGCCCGGCGGUCUCACGCUCGAGCAGAUCUACUCCAAAGUCACUGAGAGCAAUCGGAGAGAUUGGUCUGACAUGAACCGGCAAGAGCGGUCGCAGGUGCUUGACCAGACCUCCUGGCGCGAACAGCAGCAUCCCUUGCAUGUUCGAAUCCCGCUACGGAAGGAGACGACAUGGGUUCUUGCCUAGCAUCGCACGGUGAUGAUGCUGGCAAACAGGCGUCGAUGGGAAUGAUACUUUACAGCACCCACUUUGUUUCACAGCCGACUGCCCGCCCAUUGUGUUUUGAAUCGACAAUGUGUUGCAACCCCAAUAAGACGCACUGUUUCUCUCGGGC